CUGUAACACCACUGGUCUUAAGUUCUAAGUGAUUUCUGAAUGAAAACAUGCAAAUAGCACUCUAGCCGCUAUCUUUCCGAAUUAUUAUAAUCCCUUUUACAAUCUUACAACAGCCUUUUCUUUCAUCUUGACGAGCGGUAGUGGACUGGUUUACUUAGCCCGCUGGCUGGUCUCACUUAUUUUGUCUCCGACGAGCCGGGACCAAAGAGGGCGCACGGUCCACCCCCGCGACGCAGGCGGUCGGAAUUUGGCUGGGCGCGGGUCCUGAACUUUUGUUUUUGGGGAAGGAAAGUGCCGUUGCCGUGAGGAACGGAAUCCGGAAGACUGCCCGACCCAGAGCCAACCCACUCCCGUGUCCUCCGCCUCCGAUAUGCCUCCCAGGUUACCGCUCACCCAGGCGGCGCGAUGCUGCCAGGCCUCCCUCACAGCCCGCCCUUCGGCCCCAGCCUCGUCGCCGACGUCGUCCCUCAUUUCGCUCUUUGCUGCCCUCUCCGUCCAGACCAGGAGCGCAUCCAUCCUCGCCAGCCUGUCCGACAACCGGGGCGCCUACCACAAGCGCAUUCGCAAGGGUCGCGGUCCCUCGUCCGGCUAUGGCAAGACUGCCGGUCGCGGUACCAAGGGUCAGAAGGCCCACGGUCAUGUCAAGCCAUGGUUCCAGGGUGGUCAGACGCCCUUGAUCGUCUCUCACGGCCGCAAGGGUUUUGUCAACCAGUUCGCUGCCGACAUGUCCGAGCUUAACCUCGAAAAGCUCCAGGAAUGGAUCGAAGCCGGCCGUAUCGACCCCACGAAGCCCAUUACCCCCAAGGAGAUCAUCAAGUCCGGCAUCAUUGGCAGCAGCAUCAAGGACGGCAUCAAGCUUCUCGGCCGCGGCAAGGAGAGCUUCAAGAUCCCCGUCACCAUCACCGUGUCGCGCGCGUCCGCCUCCGCCAUCGAGGCCAUCGAGGCUGCCGGCGGCAAGAUCGUCACCCGAUUCUACACCAAGGAGUCGCUCAAGCGUCUGGUAGAGGGCAAGUCUCUUCAUACCGACAAGCCGCUGCCGGUGGGCAAGGAGCACGUGGAGGAGAUCCUGGCGCAGGCGCGAUCGCUCAAGAAGAAGUACUACCGCCUGCCGGACCCGACCAGCCGUUGGGAUAUCGAGUACUACAGAGACCCGGCGCAUAGGGGCUACCUCAGCCACCAGCUUGCGCCUGGCGAGUCGCCCAGUUUGUACUUCAAGGUACCGACGGGCGGCGAGAAGGUCAAGGUGGUCAGGGCCGACAAGGUCAAGGCCAGCAAGACUGGGGAUGUGGCGUCGGAGAAGCUCUUCUAAUGAACACGAACAUUGCCUGGGAUGGCGGUUCUUCCAAAACUCGUUGUUGCGCUCUUCCUCCUUGUUGUAUGAUAGGUACUGGGCCCGUUCAUGGCUCUGUACUUUGUGUUGUUGUAUUAUUAUCAUCCGCGUAUUGUCAGUCCAGCGUCUUGCUCCUCGGAUCAGUUAUAUUCGGGUCCUUGUACAUCAUACAAGUCUCACCUACGGAGUGGAUUCCCACAUGCGGCCACACUCCACAACGCAGGUGAAUCAUGAAACUCUCUUGGUUGACGUGUUCCUGCUUUUGCGAUCCAUCGUAGUCCGAAGAUCGACUUUAU